GCAGCGAACUUAGUUCACAGGAUAUGGGUAAUGGAUCAAGCAAAACUAUCACUUUGCCAGACAUGAAGUUGAAAAUGGUGCUCAUUGGGAGUGGAGGCUCAGGGAAAACAUCUGUCUUUAGUAGAAUCACUUCAAAUCAGUUCAACUACCACUACACACAAACCACUUCUGUGAAAAUUGGAACUAUUGUGAAAAAGAUAAACGUUCCUGUGGAGUGUCUUAUUUCUUUGGCUCUGUGGGAUCUACCAGGACUUGAAGAUAUGGACAUGAGAAAGAGCUAUUAUGAAAACAUAGAUGGAGCUGUGCUGGUUGUUAACAUAAACGAUACUGAAAGCAUUUCUGAGGCAGUUCAGUUGAAGGAGGCUUUACUUGAGCUGACAAAAACCUCAUCAGAAUUGGCAACAUUCGAAACUGUAGAAACUAUGCCAAAUGAAGUUGGUGUCGAUUCCAAAAUAGCUAAUACUCAAGAUGAAGCUGAAAAACAAACUGAUGACCUUGAGCAAAACAAUCUUCUCACUGAACAGUCAACUGAGUUUACCCAUGAAAAUAUCGAACAAAAGAAAGAUGCAUCUCCCCCAGAAGAAUAUGUGACGAAGGAGUCAUGUUCACCCCCUAUUCCUGUCACUAAACUCAAAGAAAUCCCUACCCUCUUGCUUGGGAGUAAAGUAGACGAUCUACAGAUUGAAGAAGACCAAGAAGAACUUCACCCCAACGUCCAGCACCUUUCUGACAUCUGCAAAGAGGCCAAUUGCACAGGUUGGGUACCCGUGUCGGCUAAACAAAACGACAGAUCAAUAGAUUUUGCUUUUACCUCCUUCCUACGAUAUCUGGUGGAAAAGAAACUUAAUCUGGAACAGAUUGCAGGUAAAAUACGGGGAUUGGAGAAGAUAAAGACAAUGAACACUGUGCCCACGUUCCUGCCGCCCAGCACCGCUGCAACCCGAAUCCGGGACCGUUUCCAGCUGCCUACUGAGGAUGAGAAUGCAAAGAGACUUCCGCUAAUUGAAUAUGACCCAGUAGAUGCUGAGUACACAAUAAUCAGACGAUUAGUCGGAAAAGUAAGGAGGGGACACAAGGAUUGGAGAUUAGCUUACAGGAGGUUCAGAAAGUCUGCUUAUGAUUACCACAUAGCCCCCAGUACCAACUGCAGUAUCGAGGAACUUAUACUUAAUAUAAAGGAGAGACUCCCUGGAGAACAUGCUCUAAAGGUAGUAGAGUUCCAAGGAUGGAUCAAAUUGGAACUGGACGACGAAGUGGUGGACAUAGACGAGCUGGAUGACGAUGUGUUAGAAGUGGUAGACUGCUUCAACUACGAACUCUUCCCCAACGCUGCAUACGUGGCAUCUACCGUUAAAAAUGCUAUGAUAUCAAUAUCAGACUGCACAGAACGCCUCACGGAGCUACAAGUUCCAGUGUCGUGCAGUGAUCAAGUUAAACUUAAUAAACAAGAGAUCUCCAGGCUGCUACAAAUGUGUGAGUCCUCAACAACAGAGGUAAACACUCUACGAAAGGCGAUCGAGGUGGCUGCUCUUUGGUGACGCAGUAAACCUGAACUAGCAGUCUUACGCGUUCUGAAGUUCUGUAGAAACUAGAAAGUGACGACCAACUUGUCCUUAUAUCUUCACAGGGUCAUCUCGAUUAUUCUUGUUGUGACACCUGGUGUGGACAUAUUCAAAACGUAUUUUU